ACGUCGACAGCAAAAGAGUGUAAGAAGGAGAGUCCUCUCAAGAUUAAGCUAUCACCGUUUAUAUCCAUACCUCGACGCCGGGGACUGACAAUCGCUUCGAUAAGGAUGAGAGUCGCUUUGCUGAUCGCUGUGAUAUUGGCAACUGACGUCCUGAAAGAGGCGUCAAGCUGGAGACGUAGAUCCACGUUUCGUCGUAGGCGUUCUCUCGACAAGAAAGAAGAAAAGGCCGCAGGGGAAGUCUUUGAACAUCAGGUGAAGCUGGAGCUUCUCCAAGAUGCUGUUGCUACGCUGGAGGAGGCUGUGGAUGAAUUGGAAGCGAGGGAAAUUGCCUCUCCAGACCUGGGAAUGGGGGAACUACAGGAGAUGGAGAGGGCCUUUGGUAAUCUCGAUGAAGGAGAUACCUUCGACACCCCUGAGAAGAGGGAUGAAGUGGAGGAAGAUGCUGCCUUAGGUCUGAUAAAGGAGGAGCUUGAGGAACUGGUGGAAGAACUAAGAGGAGUCAACAUUGAUGGGACUGAGUAGACCCGACGGGAAAAAUCCAGACUGAACAGGAAGAAGCCCCGUCGAAGAAAGCAUUACAUUUAAUCUAUUGAAAGCAAAGUUGAUGACAUGCCUGCCUUUCCGUUCAUAAUAACAUAAGGUGUAGUAGUCCAUGGACCAGAGGUCCAGAUUGCAUUAUAAGGCCACAGCAUGUAAAUUUUAUGGAUGACAUCCUCCACAGACUCGAAAUCUAAUGCGA